GGCGGGAAUUCCAGGGCUGCCGGUAGGGGCGGGACUUAUGGAGGCCCGGAGGGGGCGGGGCUUGGCGCGGGGCGGAGCGAGGGCCGCGGCUCGUGGCGGUCGCGCGGGUCCCACUUUUCUAUGUGCCUUUUUGAAUCUCUCUGUCCUCAAGAUGUCUCACCACAUGAACAGCUCCAUGCCAACAUCACAUCCUGCUGAGCAUCACCACCCCACCACGGCCCCGGGACACGGGCACGGGUCGGACAUGAUGAUGAUGGCCAUGACUUUCCACUUCAGCUAUCAGAAUGUGCCAUUGCUGUUCUCUGGACUUACAAUCAAUUCUCCUGGAGAAAUGGCUGGUGCUUUUGUGGCUGUCUUCUUCCUGGCCAUGUUUUAUGAAGGCCUGAAGAUUGCCAGGGAGUGUCUGCUGAGGAAGUCCCAGGUCAGCAUCCGCUACAACUCCAUGCCAGUGCCCGGCCCCAACGGCACCAUCCUGAUGGAGACACACAAAACCGUGGGGCAGCAGAUGCUGAGCUUGCCCCACCUGCUGCAGACUGUGCUGCACAUGAUCCAGGUGGUGGUCAGCUACUUCCUCAUGCUCAUCUUCAUGACCUACAACGGGUACCUGUGCAUCGCCGUGGCUGCUGGGGCAGGCACUGGAUACUUCUUCUUCAGCUGGAAAAAGGCAGUGGUGGUGGAUAUCACAGAGCACUGCCACUAACACUGGGUGUGCCUCUCACCCCAUCCCUGCAACAGCAGCCACCUGAGGACUGGAGCAUUCCUAAGCUGCCAAGAGAAUCAUGAUAAAAAUAACCAACUGGAGUUCACCAUGGGUUCCUGGAGGGGUGCAGGGAUGUGAGGAGCUGGGACAAGCUGCUCCCCUUGACUCUUGAGAGUCCACAGCAGCCAUUCUUGGCCAGGAUUUGCUUCAUUCUUAGAUUAUGCUGUGAUUGAAAUUAGUUGGCUGACAGAACUGUAGAAAUUAUUAUUCUAAAAAGAAAACAAAACCGUUUUAUUUUUAAAUUCUAAAUGCUCGUCAGUGAGGGUUUAAUGAGUGAGAGGAAAAGAUCAAAGUUGCCAAUAAUGUGUGAAUGGCUGUUUAAUUUUGAUUUUUUUUUUCAAUAUGUACAUAAUGGCAGGGGACGAGAUUGCCCUGGCAUUGUGGCUUUUGGGGCCAAUGACACCUUUUGCUGUAGGACUCAGCCUCUGAGAUUUGGUGCUGCACAUCAGAUAUGCUCAGGUGUGUCCUGGCAAGGGAGGACUUUGACCCAAGGAUGUGACUUGUGUGCUUCAGGGCUUGGAUGAACCUGUCCUCUGAGCCCACCAGAGUCUUGUUAGUCUGAUGUAUCCAGCAGCUUUACUCAGCCUCCUGGGAGAACCCUUGAGUUUGGCUGCUUUCCCUUCCCAAUUGUGGAUCAGAUGCAGGACAAUAGUUCUGUAUUUGCAGGGCAAAAAGAUUCCAAAUAAACCAUUGAUCCCACAGGUACUUCAUGUGGAACUGCACCUGGAUGGAAAUAGAGCUAAGCUUUGGGUUACUGGUUCUGUAAAUGAGGCAAGAGCUAAAUAAUGAUUUUGUGACACUAAAGUUAAAAUGGCUGGAGGGUAUUCCUGGAUGGAAGUGAAGAGGGGAAAACAACCAUGUUCCUGUGAAAGAGAGAUUUGAGGAAGAGGAGUAGGAAAAUACAGGAUUACAGCAGCCUUCAGUGUCUCCUCAGGUGAAAUUUGGAGCAGCCUGGGUUAAUCAAAAAGUACUCCUGACCCAGAUGUCUCCUGUUUGUCUUGAUAAUCAGUGUGCCCAUGCUGGAGGUGCAGGUUCUCCUGGAGUGCAGUGGGGGACAGGUGCUGUGGGCUCUGCCCAGUGCCCAGGCAGGACAGGCUGGGAGGGGGCAGAACCACCCUCUGCCUGUCUGCUGCCAGGCCAGGCUUGGAGAGCAGCUCUGGCUUAGCACCUGGAGGUGAAAAAAGUUGUGCAGAGUGUGAUGCAAAGCUGGAGUCCUACCUCUUCCCAGCUUGCCCAGUUUGUGCCUGUAACUGGCUGGAAGAGAAGACAGUGGGAAUUUGGGAAAGGCACUGACAACAGACCCCACUUUCAGACUGGGACUGGUGUCUGGAGGUGCCAUGAGCACAGGGAAUCCUGCUGGGAUAAGGGGCACACACAGGAAGGUUUUUUCCCCUGAAGAUGCUGCUGGUGACUGCUGUCAGUAGCUGUGUGAGCAAAGUGAAUCUUUGGAAUGGGAUUUUUUAGCCCCUGAGCCUUAGAGGGUGAGGCCAUCCCUGUGCACCUGGGUGCUCCAUGGUGCUGGUGCUGCUGUGCACAGAGCACACCCUCCCACACUCUGUAAGGAAAUCCAGUGCUGCUGCUGCCAGGGCUUGAAUUGCACCUCCCAAAGUCAGCCCUCUUGGGCUGAUGCCAACUGUUUAUUUGGACAUCUUGUUUUCUCUGGACAGUGCAACUAGAGAAUAAAAGGAGAUGAGUUAAAAGCAGGCUUAGGUUCCUAAAUAGCUGCUUUCUGUAGCAAAUUCACAUCUGGGUGAAAGAGGCAGAGUUACUUUCAUGGAAAAGUUCUAGCCACCUCCUGCUGAGGGACAGGAAAAGUGCUUCCUUCCCCAGUCUGAUCUUUGCAGGGAGUUGUGUCUGUGACAGAACUGGUGCCCUCUGUGCACCUCUCUCAAAGGUAAAACUCUCCUGUGCCCUCCAGGCAAUCCUGGGAGGGGAAACCUGACCCUCCCCAUACAUGGAGAGCUGGGAGGAAUGUUAAUGUUGGACAGAGAAAAUGGACAAUCCCUUCCCACUCCUGCUGGAACUGACAGGAAAUCCAGGUGUUUGUCAGAGAAAACUGGAGCUGUUAACGGCUGGAGGUGGUGGUUGGAGUUGGGGAGGUUUGCACUGCAGGGCUUGACCCCUGAAGGAGCUCAGGGUGACAUUGCCACUGCUGCCAUUGGUUUUUCUGGAAGGGGCUGGAGUUGUUGCCAUCACAAUCACAGGCUGGAGUGAGGAGUGGCUGUGUGGUGACACUGGUCACCUCAAAUACCUCUUGCUGUGUCUCUCUUUGAAACAGAAGCUCCUUGGCCUGAUCUUGCUGUCAACUUUUAACCACUUUUCUGUGUAUCCAAGUGACCAGGCUUGAAUUCUCUGAGGGAUGACUUGGAGAUCAGGCUGUGGCUCAUGGAGUGUCAGUCUGGUUCUUGUUAAGCUUUUCUGCCCUGUUCUGCUUGUCCCACCUGUGCUCCUGGAAUUGUUUCCCCCUGAUGAACUUCCCAGGCUCAUCCCCUGCCCAUGCUGUCCCCAGAGAGGACACACAGCUUUCUGCAGUGUGCACAGGGAGGGGACACUGCCCAGGCACCCCUGGGCUGCCAGAGAAGGUGAGCAGGGUGAGGCUGUGUCCCCUCUGCCCCUGAGCUCCCUGAUGGCAGCUGGGGAAGGGGUGUGUGUGUCCAGGCUGUGCUUCCUCAGUUCAGUGUCACCAUCCAGCCUCAACCUCCCUGUGUCCCAGCUCUCCCUUGCUGCCAGGUGCCACCAUGGUGUGUUCUCAGCCUGGGCUGAGCAGAGCCUGUGCAAAUCCCUCUGGCCAGGAUCAGCAGCUCUGGGGCAGCCCCAGCCCCUGUGCUGAAUUUGAAGUUCUCCUGGUAACACAGGGAGGGCAGGGCUGGAAGGAUGACCCGGCCUGGGUACUUUAAACUCCUGUGUUGACACACAUGUAGCAUGUUUGGGUGUGCUGUCCUGCCUGGGGUGACAUCCUGUGCCUGUGUCUGUGCCCUGAUGUUUGCUCUGCACAUGCUGUGCCUCUGGAUUCCCAUCAAGGAGGGAGCUCAGAGCAUCCAGGCCAUGUUCCUCAGUGGGCUUUUGUUGCUUUUCUUUGAGUGCCUUUUGAGUUUGUCUGGAGCCAGUCCCACCCAAUCCAGCAGGAUUUCUAAUUUUGUUUACAGUGGACUGUCAGUUUUGUUUUUACUCUUGCUCUUUGUGGCGGUAACUUCUCUGAUGUUACUGUGAAUAUCAAGAAUCUCCUGUACAUAAUUAAUCAAUAAAAUAGAUUGCAUUUAA